AUGCUACUUCCGAAGGGUGGUGUAACGUGGAAGUCGGCCAGAGCUAGGCUGCCUCCAUGGCGGGCUAUCCUAGUUCUAGUGACGAGAACGCGAUUUUUAAUAUCCUUGGCUAUCACUGGCUUGAUUGUUUUAUUAUGGCGCGGAAUCAGCAGUUCCGCUUCUGAAAUGCAAAAUUUCUAUUGCUACGGACCUCCAAAAGCGCCAAUGGAUAUGAGUCUUAAUGAAAUUACUGAAUGGACCUCCCACGCCCAGACUCCCGUCCUCUUCAACUACCACGAACCUUAUGAAGUGAAUUCCAGCUCGAUCAACACUGUUGAUCUCAACCCAAUCAAGUCUACGACCCAUGCCGUUCAAAAUUCUGAGCGUAUCCUGAUCCUCACACCGCUGAGAGAUGCCGCGUUUCAUCUCAACAGAUAUUUCGACCUCCUUUAUAAAUUGACAUACCCACACGAGCUGAUUGACCUGGCCUUCCUUGUCGGCGAUUCCAAGGAUGAGACGCUCGCAGUGCUCACCUCCGAACUGCAGCGCAUUCAGGAUCAGGAAAAGAUCGCUUUCCGCAGCGCCACAGUCAUCCAGAAGGACUUCGGCACUGCCUUUGAAAUGUCCGUUGAGGAUCGACACUCAUUCGCUGCACAGGGACCUCGACGGAAGGCUAUUGGUCGAGCUCGCAACUACCUACUUUACUCCGCCCUAAAACCAGACCACUCUUGGGUGUACUGGCGAGACGUUGAUAUUGUGGACAGUCCGGAGAGCAUUCUGGAGGAUUUCAUUGCGCACGACAAGGAUAUUCUCGUUCCAAACAUUUGGUUCCAUCGCUACAGAGAUGGCGUUGAUAUCGAGGGUCGCUUUGACUACAAUUCUUGGAUUGACUCCGACAAGGCACGUAGACUUCGCACGACGUUGGACCCUGACACGGUUUUGGCGGAAGGUUACAAGGAAUACGACACCGGCCGUCAAUAUCUCGUUGGAAUGGGCGACUGGAGGAACAACAAGGAUGAAGAAGUUGAGCUCGACGGUAUUGGUGGCGUCAAUAUUGUCGUCAAGGCUGAUGUUCAUCGCUCAGGGAUCAAUUUCCCCGCAUACGCUUUUGAGAACCAGGCCGAAACCGAAGGAUUUGCGAAGAUGGCCAAGCGUGCUGGAUACCAGGUCAUCGGUCUGCCAAAUUACGUUGUCUGGCACAUUGAUACCGAUGAGAAGCCGGGCAAUCUCGGAGAGCGCAAGGCAUACUAG